AUCAACACACAGCUGUCAUAAUUCCACGUAUGAAUUUAAAAUUAAUGUAUUUCACCAAUUUAUCUACAAAUUCAUAGAUAUUCGUAUCGUUUAGAGCCCUAAUCUGUAGAGGAACAACUCUUCUCUAUUUAGAGACAUUGCGUUUGCAGUUCACAUCUGAAAUCAGAGAAUAACCCACUCAAAAAUGGAAGGAUCACUCUUGGAACCUACUCUUUACACCGUGAAAGGCAUGCUAAUCUUGGACAAUGAUGGACACCGCAUUUUGGCUAAGUACUACGAUCCGGCAAUCUUUCCCACCGCAAAAGAGCAGAAAACAUUUGAGAAGAACCUGUUCAACAAAACUCAUCGAGCAAACGCUGAAAUCAUCAUGCUAGAUGGUUUGACCUGUGUGUACAGGUCCAACGUAGAUUUGUUUUUCUAUGUUAUGGGUAGUUGUCACGAAAACGAGCUGAUCCUAAUGAGUGUUCUCCAGUGUCUCUACGAAUCUAUCAGUCAGAUUCUGCGCAAAAACGUGGAGAAACGGGUUGUAAUGGAAAAUCUUGACAUAGUUAUGCUGGCUAUGGACGAGAUUUGUGACGGAGGGAUAAUUCUGGAGGCUGAUUCACAGUCGGUCGUUCAACGGGUCGCACUGAGAACGGACGAUAUCCCUCUAGGAGAGCAGACCGUCGCACAGGUCUUCCAGUCCGCGAAGGAACAACUGAAGUGGUCGCUGCUUAAAUGAGAAACAAUGGAGACCUUGAGUCUCUUUAAUAUUUUCGAUGACACACCGUCAUAAACUGUGAAACAAGUGAGUGUAGUAUUCAAAAAGUACCUAAAGACAGAUUCAAUAGAGAUGUUAACAUUGAUUGAGGUCCUUAUGUAUCUGAUUCAAUACAUGGUGAGGUUUAUAAUGAAUAUAUUCAAAUGUGUAUCUGACUGAUUCAAUAGUGGGGUUUACAAUUGUGAUAUUGAGGUCCUAACAUUGAUUGAGGUCCUUAUGUAUCUGAUUCAAUAAAUGGUGAGGUUUACAAUGAAUAUAUUCAAAUGUAUAUAUAAUUGAUUCAAUAGUGAAGUUUACAAUGGAUAGGGUAUAUUCCAAUGUAGUUCACAAAUUGUAAAAGCGAGUGUAUUAUUCAAAAGGUUUGACCGAUUCAACAGUAGCCCAAGGUUCACAAUUAUUGAUAUAUUCAAAUGUGGUUCACAAAUUUUAAAAGCCAGUGUAGUAUCCAAAAGUAUCUGACUGAUUCAAUAGUGGGGGUUCAAAAUUGUGAUAUAUUCCAAUUUAGUUCACAAAUUGUAAAAGCGAGUGAAGUAUUCAAAAGUUUAGACCAAUUCAAUAGUGAGGUUCACAAUUGAUAUAUUCAAAUAUAUUUCACAAAUUGUUAAAACCAGUGUAGUAUUCAAAAGUUUACACCGAUUUAAUAGUGGGGUUUACAAUGGAUAGAUUUGAAGGUACAUUAUAGAUUGUCAUAAACUGAUAAAGUGAUUGUAGUAUUCAAAAAGUAUGAGACAGAUUUAAUAGUGGGGAUUGCAGUGGAUUGAUCUAGAGGUGGCCUUCAUUAUAAACUUUUAAUAAUGUUAGAAAGAUAUUCAAAAUAAGGUAUACAUUUAAUAGAUAAUAUUUUGAAAGAUAUUCAAAAUAAGGUAUACAUUUAAUAGAUAAUAUUUUCAUAUUAAUUUGUUAAAUUCAACACUGUACUUAGAGUUGCUUAUAAUAAUGUUUAAAUAAAAACACUUCAAUCACAUGGCCUACUUUUGAACAAAUUAAUAAAAACAAUAUAAAAACUUGUAGUGCCCUUUAUUUUUUUUAAAACUUUAAAAUAGUUCAACAACUAGUCUCGACCCUAACUUCAACAUUUCAACUUGAAAAUGACCUAAUUUAGGGUCAAAACUAUUUUUGUUGAACUAUUUUAUUUUUUUCAAAAAUAAAGGGUACUACACGAUUUUUAUAUUGUUUUUAUUAAUUUGUUCAAAUAAUUAUGAUAUUUUUAAUCAGGUCUGGAGUAAGAUAUUUCAGGUCGAACCUGAUCAAUUUCAGUGCCUCUGACUUGACCUAACGACUGUUUUUAGGCAGCCGGGACUGACGUCUUAACGUGUCCAUCCGAAAACUAAUAUUAAUAUUGCUUAAAUGAUAUAACACAAUCCAUUCUCUUGUUCCUAUUUAAAUGGUUUAAAGCUGCGUUUACACCAAAUUUAUUAACAAAAUGUUAAUAACUGUUAGGUUAUUAACAUUUUGUUAAUAACUUAAUCUUUAUAGAUUCUAUUAGAUUGAACGGAACUUGACAAACACAUAUGAUCAUCAUAUGUAUGAUAAGUUAUGUUCAAUCUAAUAGAAUCUAUGAGGAUUAAGUUAUUAACAUUUUGUUAAUAACUUUGGUGUAAACGCAGCUUUAUACAGAAUUUGAGUUUUAAAUCUCUUCAUAUCAUUGUAAGAUGGAUUGAAACUAGAGUAUUGCAGGAAUAAAACAAGGAGAACAAGGUAAAAUGUUAUUGAACAAUUUAUAAAAUAUUGAAAUAAUUCUAAAGUUUGAAACCAGUGUUGAAUUUAACAUAGGUACAUCAAUAUGUGUAACUUACAGUAUAUUAUUAUGGUGCAUUUCUAUGCAUGGUUCAAUAAUU